AAAUAAAAUUAUGGACAAUUGAUCACGAUGUAUUAGCUCAAGGACUUGAAUCUGAAAGUACCUUAAAAGAUGAAAGUACUGAGAUAAAAAAAUUAAUCAAUCUCUAUGGGAAUAUGCAAAGAACGUAUUAUUACACUCAAAUUUCACCCAACUGGGUGUCCAAGAAAGAAAAGAAGCAAAAGGUUGAUGAUUCUAAUAUGGAUGUUGAUAGUGACUUGGUGGAAAUAAGUGCUAGUGACAUGAUAACACCUUAUCGAAUGGUUCGAACUGCUUCAAAAAUACGGUCUUUCGAUUUUUCCACCAAAGAUGAUAUUACAAAAUCCGGCUCGAUAGAGAUUCUUGUAUCUUUGACAAACAAUACACUCGAACUUUACGCAAUGGGUCUUCCCAUGAAGAAAAAAGAAAAAUUUCUAGAAACCGCUGAGCCAUCAAAGCUAUAUUCUGUUGACCUUCCUGGCCAUCGUAGUGAUAUCAGGACUUUAGCGCUAAACUCAGACAAUAAAUUAUUAUGUUCCGCAUCAAGAAGCAAUCUUAAGAUUUGGAAUAUGAGAACUACUUCAU